AUGCCAUGCCAAAGUUCUCCAUCUUCAGUUUAUGACCUGCACAUUCAUACAAAAAAAUACCAAGUUACUCCUCGUGUUGAUCAUUAUACAUGCAUUGUUGAUCUUCUUGGCCGUACGGGUCGACUGAAUGAUGCUUACAAUCUUAUUAGAAUAAUGCCUAUAACACACAACCAUGCGAUAUGGGGUGCACUACUUGGUGCUCGCGACGAUUCUUCGCGUUUGGAAGAAGCGCUUAUUCAGGAUGAAGAAAGUAAGCUAUACACAGGAGAUGGCUCGGUCGACUUUAAAGGGAGGCCUGUGCUUAAGAAGAAUACUGGCAAUUGGAAAGCUUGCCCAUUUAUCCUAGCUAUCAGUGCUUCCAAUUCGGAGUUCCGUGGUGAUGAUCCGGAGAAGGAUCAGAUCCAUGCGGCAACGCUACUCAGUUUGGGAGGACAUCGGAUUGAUUCCAAUAAGGAUGAUGUUGUGGAGGCGCUUUCGAGGCAGUAUUGGGAAUACAAUGUGCUUGACUAUGAAGAGAAAGUAGUUGAUGGUUUUUAUGACAUAUAUGGCCUCUAUAAUGACCCAGCAAUGCAAGGAAAGAUGCCAUCUCUAGCUGAUCUUGAAACAAACUCAGGUGGUUCUAGCUUUGAAGUAGUCAUAGUUAAUAGGACAAUUGAUCCUGCCCUGGACGAGCUGGUGCAAAUUGCAUACUGUAUAACAUUGGACUGCCAUGUCUCUAAGAUUGGUAUUUUGGUGCAAAGGGUUGCUGAACUUGUUACUAGCCAUAUGGGCGGCCCUGUAAAAGAUGCUAAUAUUAUAUUAACAAAAUGGACAGAAAGAAGUACAGAAUUAAGGACAUCUCUUCACACAAGUGUAUUACCUCUUGGGUCCUUAGAUAUUGGGCUCUCUAGGCAUCGCGCUUUACUUUUCAAGAUAUUAGCAGACAACAUUCAGAUGCCUUGUAGACUGGUUAAAGGUAGUCAUUACACUGGUGUUGAGGAUGAUGCUGUCAACAUUAUAAAAUUAGAUGAUGAAAGGGAGUUUUUAGUUGAUCUCAUGGCUGCUCCUGGAACACUCAUCCCAGCUGAUAUUUUAAAUGCGAAGGAUAAUGCCUUUAAGUCUUACAACCCCAAGAAUGUGCCAGAGUCAGAAGGGAAACCAGACUUGAAUUGUGUUACAACUAGGACUGGGAAGCGAUCUAGGCCAUGUAGUUGGAAGAGGCGUAAAUGCAAAAAGCAGAAGCAAUCAACUGCUGAAGAUGUUGAUCUAAAUAUUCAAUGCAAGUUGCUUCCAAAUAAUACAGAUUGCAUGCUUGCUAAUCAACAGCAUGUCACCAUUAUUGCUUCAUCGCUGCAAUUUCACAGCAACAUUGACGUCAAGAAGGACGAGCAUUCGAAAAGCAGAAAAAAGCAGAAGACGGUAUCGCAAGGAAACGAAAGAACCAAAGAUUUUAUACCUGAAGUCUACAUCAGUAUCUCUGGUUUUCUACUUCUACUCGCCUCCGUUGAUACGUAUCGGACGAUCUCCGAUAGGUAA